UUAAAUAAACCAUUUUCUAAUAGACAUGGACUGACGAAACACCAGCGCAAAAUGGAGAAGAAACUUAAUCAGUGCAAUGUCUGUGACAAGUUGUUCUCUAAAAUUACCAAUUUGACAACGCAUCGACGCACGCACACUGGUGAAAAACCGUACGCGUGUGAUGUAUGCGAAAAGUCGUUCUCUCAAAGUGGCAAUUUGACGAAACACAAGCGGACUCACACUGGAGAAAAACCGUUCCCUUGUGAUGUAUGCGAAAAGUCGUUCUCUCAAAGUGGCAAUUUGACAGCACAUCGACGCACACACACUGGAGAAAAACCGUACGCGUGCGAUGUUUGUGAUAAGUCGUUCCCUACAAGUAGCGAUUUGACAACACAUCGACGCACACACACUGGAGAAAAGCCGUACGCUUGCGAUGUAUGCGAGAAGUCAUUCUCCGCAAGUACUGAUUUGACGAUACAUCGACGCAUGCACACUGGAGAAAAACCUUUCCUUUGUGAUGUAUGCGAAAAGUCGUUCUCUAAAAGUGGCAAUUUGACAGCACAUCGACGCACACACACUGGAGAAAAACCGUACGCGUGCGAUGUUUGUGAUAAGUCGUUCUCUGAAAGUGGCAAUUUGACAAGACAUAAGCGUACGCACACUGGUGAAAAACCAUACGCGUGCGAUGUAUGUGAAAAGUCGUUCUCUCAAAGUAGCCAUUUAACGAAACACAAGCGGACUCACACUGGAGAAAAACCGUACGAGUGCGAUGUAUGUGAAAAAUCGUUCUCCGAAACUACCAAUUUGAUGAUACAUCGACGCAUGCACACUGGAGAAAAACCGUUCCCUUGUGAUGUAUGUGAAAAGUCGUUCUCUAAAAGUACCAAUUUGACAACGCAUCGACGCACGCACACUGGUGAAAAACCGUACGCGUGCGAUGUAUGUGAAAAGUCGUUCUCCGAAAGUACCAAUUUGACAACGCAUCGACGCACGCACACUGGUGAAAAACCGUACGCGUGCGAUGUAUGUGAAAAGUCGUUCUCUCAAAGUGGCGAUUUGACAGCACAUCGACGCACACACACUGGUGAAAAACCGUUCCCUUGUGAUGUCUGCGACAAGUCGUUCUCUAAAAGUACCAAUUUGACAACGCAUCGACGCACGCACACUGGUGAAAAACCGUACGCGUGCGAUGUAUGUGAAAAGUCGUUCUCCGAAAGUAGCCAUUUGACGAAACACAAGCGGACUCACACUGGAGAAAAACCGUACGUGUGUGAUGUAUGCGAAAAGUCGUUCUCUCAAAGUGGCAAUUUGACGAAACACAAGCGGACUCACACUGGAGAAAAACCGUACGCGUGCGAUGUAUGUGAAAAGUCGUUCUCCGAAAGUAGCCAUUUGACGAAACACAAGCGGACUCACACUGGAGAAAAACCGUACGCGUGUGAUGUGUGCGAGAAGUCGUUCUCCGCAAGUACCGAUUUGACGAUACAUCGACGCAUGCACACUGGAGAAAAACCGUUCCCUUGUGAUGUAUGCGAAAAGUCGUUCUCUCAAAGUGGCAAUUUGACAGCACAUCGACGCACACACACUGGAGAAAAACCGUUCCCUUGUGAUGUAUGCGAAAAGUCGUUCUCUGAAAGUGGCAAUUUGAUAAGACAUAAGCGUACGCACAUGGCACACUGAUAGGAAGUAUCAAAGAACUAUGAUCCAAUGAACGUAUUAAAAUAAGAUAUAUCUUGAUAAUAUAUUACCUAUCGGUCAA